CACACAUGCGCACUGCCAGUUUAUUAGCUAGCUAUCGUGGUUAGCAGGGCUGCGUGUCCGGAGUGCUGUAAAUGAAAACUUAAUUCUUGUGUCUUCUUGACAAGAUGAAAGGCAGAUUUAACACAGUCGAUGUUAGGGCGGUGAUUGCAGAGAUCAAUUCCAACUAUGUUGGGAUGCGAGUGAACAAUGUCUAUGACAUCGACAACAAGACCUAUCUCAUACGACUCCAAAAGCCAGACAGCAAAGCAGUCUUAUUGAUUGAGUCCGGCAUACGGAUUCACUCCACAGAAUUUGAAUGGCCCAAAAAUGUCAUGCCAUCUGGUUUUGCCAUGAAAUGCCGAAAGCACCUAAAGUCAAGAAGAUUGGUACAUGUAAAGCAACUUGGUGUAGACAGGAUUGUAGACAUUCAGUUUGGAUCAGAUGAGGCUGCAUACCACCUUAUAGUUGAGCUGUAUGACAGGGGAAACAUAGUCCUGACAGACCAUGAGUACACAAUACUAAACCUUUUGCGCUUUCGCACUGCUGAGGCAGAAGAUGUUAAGUUUGCAGUGAGGGAACGAUAUCCUGUAGAGAAUGCCAGGCCUUCUGAACCCCUCAUCAGUCUGGAAAGGCUCACAGAGAUACUGUCCAAAGCACAGAGUGGAGAUCAAGUUAAAAGGAUUCUUAAUCCCCACCUCCCAUAUGGAGGCACUCUAAUUGAACACUGCCUUACAGAAGUUGGUCUCCCUGGUCUUAUGAAAAUGGACAGUCAGUUUAACAUUGCUGAAGUUGGACCAAAACUUUUGGAAGCUUUGCAGAUGGCAGAGGAGUAUAUGGAGAAAGCAGCAAGCUUUGAUGGAAAGGGUUACAUCAUUCAGAAAACUGAAAAGAAGCCAAGUAUGACUCCAGACAAGCCACACGAGGAGUUGCUCACGUACGAAGAAUUUCAUCCAUUCCUUUUUGCUCAACACUCAAGUAACCCAUAUAUUGAGUUUGAGUCCUUUAAUAAGGCUGUCGAUGAGUUUUUCUCCAAGAUGGAGAGCCAGAAGAUUGACAUGAAAGCUCUCCAGCAGGAGAAACAAGCCCUGAAGAAACUCGAGAAUGUCAAAAAGGACCAUGAGCAACGGUUGGAGGCCCUACACCAAGCCCAGGAGGUGGACCGUCUGAAGGGGGAGCUGGUGGAGAUGAACCUCCCCAUCGUGGAGAGAGCUCUGCAGGUAGUAAGAAGUGCUCUUGCCAAUCAGGUGGACUGGGCAGAAAUAGGUCUCAUUGUAAAAGAAGCUCAGGUGGCUGGAGACCCUGUGGCUUGUGCCAUCAAAGAGCUGAAGCUACAGACCAAUCACAUCACUAUGCUACUAAAGAACCCAUAUGUUGGUUCAGAAGAAGGAGACACAGAGGAGGAAGAGUCUUUGAUGGAUACUACAGAGGGCUCUGAGCAGCAAAAGGGGAAGAAGAAUAAGAAUAAAGACAAAGGACAGAAGGGCAAUGUCCAGAAGAACAAACCUGUCCUGGUGGAUGUGGACCUCAGUUUGUCUGCUUAUGCCAAUGCAAAGAAGUAUUAUGACCACAAGCGGAGUGCUGCAAAAAAAGAGCAGAAAACAGUGGAGGCAGCAGAAAAGGCCUUCAAGUCUGCUGAGAAAAAGACCAAGCAAACCCUUAAAGAGGUCCAGACAGUUACAACAAUUCAGAAAGCAAGAAAGGUCUACUGGUUUGAAAAGUUUCUUUGGUUCAUCAGCUCAGAGAACUACCUCAUCAUUGCUGGACGAGACCAGCAGCAGAACGAGAUGAUAGUCAAACGUUACCUGCGAGCAGGGGAUAUCUAUGUCCAUGCUGACCUCCAUGGAGCUACAAGCUGUGUCAUCAAGAAUCCCUCUGGAGAGCCUAUUCCUCCACGUACACUAACAGAGGCUGGGACUAUGGCUGUGUGUUAUAGUGCUGCCUGGGAUGCCAAAGUGAUCACCAGCGCUUGGUGGGUUCACCAUAACCAGGUGUCCAAGACCGCUCCAACAGGAGAGUAUUUAACAACAGGAAGCUUCAUGAUUAGAGGGAAGAAGAACUUCUUACCCCCCUCUUAUCUCAUUAUGGGCUUUGGAUUUCUCUUCAAGGUGGAUGAGCAGUGUGUGUUUAGACACCGGGGGGAGAGGAAGGUUAAAACUCUGGAGGAAGAUGUGGAGGACGUGACUUCCAGUACUGCAGAGCUCCUAGAGGAAGGAGAGGAGCUCUUAGGAGAAGACAGCGCAACUGAAGGAGAGGCUGAGGGAGAAGACGGGGGUGAAGAAGACAGCAGAAUGGCAGGAGAUGAAGACGUGGUGACAAGAGAAACAGAAGAAGAUGGUAAAGAAGCAGAAGAAUACACAGAAGCCCAGGAGACAUCAGGCCAGACCAAGCCUAAGACUGAAAAGCCAGAGCAGAAGGAGGUGGGACGACACAAAGGAGAAAAAGGGGUCGAUGAAGAGGUGAAGAGUGAGGAAGAGAGUAUAGACAUCAGUUUUCCAGACACCACAAUCUCACUCACACACCUUCAGUCAAACAGGGGAAUCUCAAAUGCUGGUUUCAAGCAAGACGUUUCAAAACAGGACAACACAGAGUCACAAGGCAAAAAGUACAUGAGUGCUAAGCAGAGAAGGGAUAUGAAGAAGAAGCAGAAACAGGAAAGUGAUGAACAACAUGAAGAAGCAGAGGGCAAAAGAGAAGAGAAUCAAGGUUCCUGUGCAUCCAGCCAGAGCUCUAAGAUUGGAGGAGCCACUCAGCCCCCUCUAAAGAGGGGACAAAAGAACAAGCUGAAGAAAAUCAAAGAUAAAUACAAAGACCAAGAUGAGGAGGACCGUGAACUGAUGAUGAAGCUGCUUGGGUCGGCAGGCUCCAGAAAGGAAGAAAAGGGAAAGAAGGGGAAGAAAGGAAAAGGAAAAGAGGAGCCAGUGAAGCCUGGCCAAAAGCAGAAAGCAGCCAAGCAGCAUAUGGUGAAGGCUGAGCAGCCUGGGGACGAUUGUGGCCCAGCAGGAGAGGACACCACUGAACAGGAUGACAAAGAGGCUGAUGACUUGGACCAGGAGAACCCUGGAGCAGAGGAAGGAGAAAACUUUCUUGACUCUUUGACUGGCCAGCCACACCCAGAUGAUGUAUUGCUGUUUGCAGUCUCUGUAUGUGCACCCUACACAGCCCUUUCAAAUUACAAGCAUAAAGUGAAACUGACUCCAGGCACACAGAAAAAGGGGAAAGCUGCUCGUACUGCUGUGUUCAGCUUCAUGCGUGGAAAGGAAGCUAGCACCAGAGAGAAAGACCUUUUUCGCAGCAUUAAGGACACAGACCUGUCAAGAAACAUGCCUGGCAAAGUGAAGGUAUCGGCGCCGAACCUGCUGGCAGCAAAGAAGAAAUAAGCCUCAGGAAAACUGUGGUUAAAUUGCAUAGAAUAUCAUGGUGAUAACAAUGGAGAAGCCUUGGACAGUUCACAACCUGUAAAUGCCUGCCUUAAGGAAGACUUGCACAUCAAGGAUAUGAUCAGGAGCAAAUUGUGAGAAAUGUGGUCAUGCACAUCAUCCUUAGUUUGUAUGUACCACAGCCUUCUGUGGGGAGGAAAAAAGCUAGAGAUCAUAGUGAAUCGUAAAUUGUUAUGUGAAAAAUUACGUUAUUGUGGCUUUCGCUACAUAUCAGUCCAUUUUGAGAGAUAUGAGAAAUAUAAGGUGUACAGCAGGCAAAAAAAACUUGUACACAUCUUUGAACAAACUCUUUUCACAACCAUUUUCACAAAUCCUUGUUUUUUUUUUUACAUUCAAAAUAUACAAGGAUUAUUUAUGAUUAAA